AUGGCUUCGGGGCGAGCGGAGGCGGCGGCACCGCGGGUGGCAGAGCUGGAGGAAGAGCUGCGGAGCCUGGCGGAGCAGCUGAGCCGCUGCCAGGCUGAUAAAGAAUUUGUGUGGUCUCUGUGGAAACAUCUUCAAAUGUCAAGUCCAGAUCUUACUCAAGCUGUCAGCUUGGUUGUGGAAAGAGAAAAGCAGAAAGCUGAAGUCAAGGACAGAAGGGUUUUAGAGAUUUUGCAAGCCAAAGACAGCAAAAUAGAAACCCUAGAGCAGACUCUCACAGGACAGCAGCAGGAGAUAAACAACUUAAUACAGAGAAAAAUUGCUGUGGAUGAGGAAAAUGCCCGUUUGAAGAAUGAAUUCAGUAACUUGAACCAGAAAUUUAAAGAUAAAAGCCAAGAACUUAAGGACACUGAGGAGUGUGCACAGAAGAAGGAAGAGCAAAACAGACUGGUUAUAAAAAACCUGGAGGAGGAAAAUAACGGAUUAAAUACAUGCUGUGCUGACCUGCUAAAUGACCUGGAGAAACUGAGGAAGCAGGAGGCACAAUGGAAAACAGAAAAAUCUGGCAAUGAUGUCAGAAUAAAGAAUUUGGAAGCUGAUUUAACAGAGGCAAGAGAACAAAUGAAAGAGUUGCGCAGUAUAUGCAGUAACUUGUCAUCUCAGGUAGCUGUGAAACAGGAAGAACUCUCCCAAAAGGAUUCUGAUGUGAUUAAAGCUAAGAAGGAGUUACAGCAGCUGCAGAAUCUUUACAGACAAAACAUUGAACAUACAGCACAGCAGGCUGAGCUGAUAAAGCAGCUUCAGGCUCUCAAUACUGAUACACAAAAAGUACUGAAAGACCAAGAAGAUGCUCACACAGCUGAAACAACAUCAUAUCAAAAACUUUAUAAUGAAUUGACUUCAUGUUUUGAAACUGUUAAAACAAGUGAAGUUCAACUGCAGCGAAGCUGUGCCUCUCUUCAGGAUCAGUUACUUGGAAAAGAUCAAAAGAUUUGUCAGUUACAAGAGCAACUUCAGCAGGCUCGUGGUGCUUUAAAUGCAGUACGUCAGAAUUCUUCUCCAAAAUGUGAAGUACAGGAACCACCUGUGAAACGUUCAAGGUCUCUGUCCCCAAAGAGCUCUUUUAGAGAGUCAGAGGAGACUCAAGAAACUGAUGAGCUAAGAGCAGCCCAUGAACAACGCGAAGAGAGGCUGCAGAUGUUACAGACCAACUACAGAGCACUAAAAGAGCAAUUAAAGCAGUGGGAAGAGGGUGAUAGCAGGAUUGAAAGCAGUAAAAGCAGAUACCGGCAUGCAGAUACCCAUCAGCUUUGUCAAGAGGAUUCUGAUGCUGUGUGGAAUGAACUGGCUUUUUUCAAAAGGGAACACAAAAAGCUGUUGAUUGAAAAACUGAAUCUUGAAGAAGAAUUGGAUCAGAUCAAAGUACACCAAUCUGUGGAGCCACUUUUUAAACUUACUGAAGAUGAUGGGUUUGAGGAUAGUACUCCAAAGAGGAAUAUGAAAGAAGUUUCACAUCAGACAUUACAGAAGGUACAACAACUAGAAAGAAGAUUAAAAGCUAUUGAAGGGGAUUUAAAGAAACAGAAGGAAGUAAAUAAAGACUUACUGAAGGAGAAAAAUUACUUGAAAGCAUCUUUAGAAGUGCAAAAGGAAGAUGCAGACACAAGAGAAAGAGAGCUGGAAGCGCUACUUAAGAGGAUUUGUGAAAUAAAAAAAGACAAAGCAGAACUUCAGUUAGUGAUUGAUGAGCAGGAGAAAGAAGCUGCCUCUUUGAAGAGGCAAGUGGCAGAAGCUAACAGGUUGAGAAAUGAAAAUGAAGAUUUGCUGAGUCAAGUGCAGGAGCUGAAGUGUUUGCUGGAAGAAGCCAAAGCAGUGGCAACCUCUGGGCAAUGUAAUUGCAGGAUAACAGGCACCAAGGUUAAAUUAAAAACAGCCAAGAAAAAGAGCUCUUUGGGACAUCAUGGAGCUUUUCUCAAACAGUCCAUCAAGGUUAUGAGUAAUGUAUUUGAGAACUUCAGUAAGGACGGCUGGGAGGAUGUGAGUGAAAGCAGUGACUCUGAAAUACCAACUUCUGAAAGUUUGGAAACAGUGAUUACGAAGACAGUGCAAAACAUUGAUCCACUGCCAAACAGAAGUAAACAACAGGGUAAAAAGCAAAUACAAGGUAGUCAAAAGCCCUGCAAUGUUGUUCGUUUAGAAGGCAAACACCAGCAGUAUAAUAAAAAGGGCCAUUCACAGAGUAAAGACCUUGAAAAGUUACAUUCCAAGAGGAGGAAGAUCUCCUGUCUCAUAACAUCUUAUCCAUCAAUUCUAAGCAAAGUGAACAGAACAAAAAGGAGAAAUACUGUCCAGAAACCGGGCUACUCUGUUACUCUACUGCAGGAAAGAAUUAAAUCAUUGCAGCAGCGGAUAGCUGUUUUACAGAAUGAAAAAAAGACAGCAGUGUCUUCUGUGAAGGGAUUUAAAGAAACCAAUGAAAAACUAACAACUCAGCUACAUUUGGCUGAUCAAAGACUUCAAGCUACUAAACUGACCAUAGAGGUGUUGACCUCCAACCUGGCCAAGUGGCAACAGGAGAAAGAAGAUUUACAAGGAAAAUUGAAGUUGAGAGAACAUCUGUCUCAUACUGCUGGCAAGAGUAAUGCCAUACCAUCUCCUUCAAAGAACCCUGAUUUAGAGAUUAAACAGCUGCAGUGCAAACUAAAGAGUUCAAAUAAUGAAAUCACUAAGCAAUCGGCCACCAUUAAGUCACUAAAAAAAGAAGUCCAGGAAAAAGAAGAACGGAUUCGGGCACUACACGCUAAGAUUUCUCGAUUGGAGAGGGACCUUAAUAUGAAAAGACAUUUGGUAGAAGACUUAAGGUCUCGUCUAAAAGCAAAUCAAGAAAAUGAGAAAACCUCUAAUGAAACAUUAGAAAGUCUUGAGAGAAAGGUAAAGGCACUGGCUGAAGACUGUUCAAACAAAAAAACUUCCAUUGACUCACUGAAACAAAGACUUAAUGUAGCUACAAAAGAGAAGUCUCAGUAUGAGCAGAUGUAUCACAAGGCUAAAGAUGAGUUGGAGAAAAAGGAGCUCAAGCUUACCAGCCUAGAGAGCAAAAUGAUUGAGACCGAAUGUGCCAUGACUGAACUUGAGACUACUGCAUCUCAACAACUACAUGGCUUGGCUAAACAGAGCGGACACGCUUUGGAGACCCUACAGAAGAAGCUGCUGCUUACCAAUGACAAAAUAGAAGAGUUCAUGACAUUUGUGAAGGCUCUAACCAGAGAGUUACAGCACAGCGUACAAGAGCUGAGAACAAAAAUCAAACAGGCAAAAAAAAUGGGAGAAGUGAGAGCACGCAAAAAGAGCCUUUCCCAAGAGUCUGUUCAGUUGGCAGCGUCUAUCCUUAAUGUUUCAACAACUGAUCUUGAAGAGAUAUUAGAAGUAGAAGAUGAUGAGGAAACAGCAAAGGCGAAAAUGGAAUUUGAAAAAGAUAAAGAGUGGCUGCAGUAUAUACAGAAACUUAUUGAAGCACAGUUUCCUUUUGCCUCAUACUUAAUGGAUGCCAUACUGGAAAAAUUAAAUGAGAAGAAGAAACUGGUAGAAGAAUACAAUUCUCUCAUGAAAUGUACUGUAUGA